AUGCCCAUCGACGCGGAAGGCCACCCGCACAUCAUCGACCAGAUCCUGCUCCACGCGCCGCGGGCGACGCUCCUCCGCUUCCGGGGCACGAGCAAGGCGUUCCACAAACGCAUCGACGCGCUCUUCCUGCCCCAUGUCAUCGUGCGGAUCGGCCCACACCUCGACGUGCCAAUUUUCGACUCGUACCUGCUAGGCAGGCUGCCCCUCCUACCGGCGCGGAAGCUCCACUACGACGCCGACCCCGUAGCCCACUAUGCCGCGCACUACUGCGACCACGGCACGCGGCUGGAGCACAUCACCACCGUCGACGCGCGCGUCGUCGCCAUCCCCAACUUUGCCCUGCAGGAGUGGGAGGGCAAGCGGCAUCCCCUGGCACGUGCGCAGGCCGUCUUCUCCAACGUUGCCACGGUGCGCGUGCACGGUCGGCGCGGCCCGCGCCCCGCAAGCAACAUCCCCGUCGUGGAGCCCACACCCGGGAGGCCCCAAACGCUGAUCGUGUUCGACAACGAGCCCGCCGCCGACUCGUACGGGCGGAUGGACGCGCGGUUCUGGGGCUUUGUCGACAUGUCGCAGGUGAACAAGCUCACCAAGCGCGUGCGGUGGGACACGGUUCCGUUGCAAUGGGACAGGAUGACACCCGAUCUCGCCCUCCCCGCCGGCCUCUGGCCCAAACAGGACGUGGUCAUCUUCGUGCAGUUCGACGCCGCGCCUAUCCCGAGGAUCACGUGGAGCCCGUACGCGCUGCGCGCUGCCGCCGCGAUCGUCAGAAAGCACACUGCGGAGAAGCUGUACAACUUUCCCCGGGGCGUGCCCCGUCCGCAGUGGACGCUGGUCGACCUCGACGCUGUGGGGGACAUCAGCGACGCCGACGCACUGGAGCGUGUGUGGCUCGACAACCACGAGUGUCCCGACUACCGGGGGCAGGUGACGGCGCAGAUCGAGGAGGCUGUCCGCCCCAGGCUGUCCCUUCUCACGCGCGAUCAGUACGCCGCGCGCGUCGGCGCCGAGCAGUUCAAGCUCGAGACCGAGGAGUAG